GGUCCCUUUCACUGAUAAUCCAGCUGGAUUGUGCUUCUGAGCAUUGCUGUACUUUGACAAUCUGAUGGAUUCCCAACGGAUAGGAGAAAACAUCCCAUUUUAAAGCAACAAUUUUCCCCUCGUUUGGAUUUUCAGCCAGAUAGAGCUUCUCUCUAGUUCAGAGGUGAUACUCAUUUCCACAAGGUUUUCUGAGCCGAACAAUGAAGUCGCAUCCAGGAGCUGCAAACGUACUGCUGCCCAUCGCUCUCUGCCUCAGCUUGGGUCCUGUGUGUCUUGGAGCUUCGAUCCCUGUCGCGUGCGGUUCCAUCUACAGGAGUUUUGCUCAGUGUUUGCUCACACUAGGGGACAGUUUAGUGGACACACAGAAAGACCAAAGCAUGCAGGACAUCGAUUCAAUCUGCAGGUCCUGGAAUGCCUUCCACGUUUGUGCCAACUCAGCGCUAGUGGGCUGUCCUGGGGAGGCGGCUGCUGUCUGGGAGUCCCUGCGACAAGAGUCCAGGAAGACACAAUUUUCUGGAAAUCUUUACGACUUGUGUGCCAACCGCAUCACCCCAACUCCCAGCACGUUGCCGGGGCCCCAGAGCCCUCCCACCUCCGACCAGAUGAACCAGGAGACGCUGAAAGGACAGACUCACAAGCAUGGCCCCACUCCCAUCACGCUGUUGUUCCCUGUGUGCAGCAUGCUGCUAGUUCUCCCCAGGAGUUAGUUAACUCAUACAGAGACAGUCAUACAACCAACGGACUUUAACACUGAUGGCUUCGACUCUUUUGUGACUGUUGGAAUUAGAGAUGCUACCUGUGCGUGUUUGUGCUUGUUGUCUGGGGUGCAUGGACUGUGUUACAUGUUUACAUGUAGCUGUUGGCGUAUGGUUUUGUACUCUUGCACAUAUAAUUUUGAUCUAAGUGAGAUUUUCUGGUUAAAUAAUUAAAGCAAUAAAUCUUAAAACUAUGUGAUGACUGAUGCCAUCCCACUGUUGCUCCCCUUACAGUCCAAACUCAGAUCAUAUUCAUCCUGAUCACUUAUUGAAUCUGAAUUAAGGGUUUUAAUGAUUGGCUAUUUUUUGUUCAGCAUGACAUAAAUGGAUACAAAGAGUCAUUUAUUUAUUUACUAAUUAAAUAAAGACUAAUAUCUUGCUCUCAGGAGGUGUUUCUUUCAUAUUGACUUGGAUAAAUCAAGCGUAGUGGAAGCAAUUCAGGUGUCUCGCUAAACAUCAUUGGAUAGUCCUAUACUGCGUUGAGUUUAUGUGACUGUGAUUAAAUUCUUAUUACGUAAUAACGAUCAUAUUGUUUUAGGCUUCAGUGAAAAGCACUUUAAGUAGGGGGAGCUUAAAAAAUCCUUCUUACUGAGAUUACAAAGCUUACCAAAGGCAAAUAUUUGUUGUAAACUGUGUUUUUUCCCCACGCAACUGCAAUGAAUCAGCAAUGCUUCACUAUAUUAGAAAAAAUGAGAUUUUUAUGGGAUGUUGUAACUCCAGGUGUUCAGAUGUGAUUCAUUCAGGCAGGUGUGAACAAUGAAACAUUUAUAUCACUGGUUUCUAAACAGUGUCCUAUUCAGUAUGUCAUUCUGUUUAACUAACUGAACAACACACACACACACUCACACUCACACUCACACACACACACACACACACACACACACACACACACACACACACACACACACACACACACACACACACACACACACACACACACACACACACACACACACACACACACACACACUUCAGUUUACUCACAUAUUUAUAUAUCACUAGUUUUAUUACUGUACUAUUACAUUUGACAUUUUUAUUAUUAAGAUGUUAUCUAGCUUCACUGUUUUCAAG